AUGAGCAACGGAUUUAUUUACCAGCAAUCGGGCAUUGUUCCAGAUCAUCCCGACGUCCACAUCAGUACAAAGAAUCACGCCGCAGACCAAUUAGGUGCCCAAUUGAUUGAUUCCCCGAAGAUCGCAAAUGAGACCGGCAACUUUCCCAAGAAACCAAUCGGUCGAUUGCCUGACGAUAAUGGGUCACCUGUGGUAUAUCCGAUCACCCAUAUGGCUCGCCAUUCCGUGAGCCCCUCAGUCUCUGUAAAGAGGCCUUAUUCAGCGGGGGCUAUUCCAGAAAACUCUGACUCCGAGGAUCUGAGCAAUCAAGGCUUCGCUUCAGGAGGGAGUAUGGAGGCUGCGUCACCUCACUUCAUAAAAUGUCGCCAGCAGAAAUUAAAGACCCGACAGCGACGUUCGGCUCACAUGCUAGGCCCCUCCGGCAGUCGGAUAGCAGGCGAAAUCGGAAAUCGCAAAAGUAGUCCGUCUAAGAGCGAUACGCGACUGCCUAGACUUUCAGCAAGCUCCGCCGACGAACUUGCCGGGAGGUGGCGACAAAGGGUGUCGCAACCCGAUGCGCAACAGAUGCAUGGAAUCCCUGUCCAGCAUGAAAGUGUAUCGACCCUUCAGCCGACUGGCAGGCAAGAGAAACUCGUUGCGCGGCCCAAGGGGCAACCGGCAGAACCCGUGGAAGGAUUGAGCUUUGAUCAGAAAUCCGCUGGAGGUGACUCUGCGGUAGCCGGAGAAGAGCAAUUGAUCAAUGAAGUGCGCGGAAUCUACGCGGGGCUAGUCAUGGUGGAGAAGAAAUGCAUUGAAAUCGACAAGCAACAGUCCGAGUCGAAGACUCCGCUGUCCCCACUCCAAUGGCAGGCCCUGAUUGCCCUCCAUCGAACGCUGCUGAACGAGCAUCACGACUUCUUUCUAGCAUCACAACAUCCGUCCGCGAGUCCUGUGCUCAAAAGACUAGCACAGAAAUAUGCCAUGCCGGCUCGUAUGUGGCGUUAUGGGAUCCAUUCCUUCCUAGAGCUACUACGCCACCGGCUCCCUGACUCCCUGGAGCAUAUGCUGACUUUCAUUUACAUGGCUUACUCGAUGAUGACUCUGCUAUUAGAAAGUGUCCGCGCAUUUGAAGACACGUGGAUCGAAUGCCUGGGCGACUUGGCGCGAUAUAGAAUGGCAGUAGAAGAGGUGGACGUGCGAGACCGCGAGAUCUGGGCUGGCGUCGCCAGAUACUGGUACAACAAGGCGGCGGAUAAGAAUCCUGACGUUGGCAGAAUACAGCAUCACCUUGCCGUCCUAGCUCGCCCGGAUGUAGUCCAGCAGCUGUUCUACUAUACAAAGUCUUUAGUCAGUGUGCACUCUUUUCCAAGCACGAGGGAAAGCAUACCAUCACUGUUUAAUCCGCUUCUGAAUGCGCCAAAAGCUCAUCACCACUAUCCGCUCAUUGCGGCAUUUGUUUUGGCUCAUGGCUAUCUCUUCUAUCGCAACCCGGCGCCUCAGUUCUACAGAUCAGCGGAGGAAUUUUUGGCACACUUGGAAACUCAUGUUGGCCGAAUGGGGGCCGCCUUUAAGAUGCAGGGUGUCUAUAUGUCGUCGUGCAAUUUCGCAGCCAUAUUCGAAUACAAUCACCCGGACGCCGCCUUACCCGCCAAGUUCCACCCGCGAGGGAUCCAUCAAGGGAGGUCUGCUUUGGAGACCCAGCCGACGCCUGCAAAAACGUCGACUUCCGCUUCUGACCUCCCUCUGACCGAGGAUGGGUCAGUGGCAUCCACAGAUAGUCGAAGGUAUUCGCCACUUAGUCUUUACGCGUCGUGCCUGACGUUUCAAACAUUGUCUGUCCUUCUUGACCAGAUCGGAAACAAGAACGUUUAUCCCACAGUGCAUAUCUCGAUGGCCUUCCUCUGGUGCCUAGCACUUAACGGCAGAAGCAGCAUGGAAUACAUCGAAGCUUUCGUUCCCUGGAGAAAGAUCGCUACCUUUCUCAAUACCAUGAUUCGCGAUGAUACAGAUAUUCGAAUUUUCGAAGGUCCCCAUUUCCCUACUGUGGAAGAGAGGAAACAAUUGCCGGAGGACUUUUUCAUACGUGGUCAGCUCUGGAGUCAGCACUAUUUCCCGCUUCGUUUCUUUGAGCAUUCACUCAUUGAAGACGAGGGGCGUUUCAUUGAGCUACCCUCUCUGAACGUUUCCAGGAUGUACAGGUGCCUUUGGCUGGGAGUGAAGCUGGCGACGUUCCAACGUUGGGUGACAUACGACCCGGUCUCCCGAAAGUUCUCGGUGACACCCUUUGCGCUUCGACUUGAGAAACUUGCAGAGCAGCACAAUCCCUUCAAAGUCGCAGCGCCGCAGCCUGGGCCCCAUGAUUUGGAAAUGCCUGACACUUGA